AUGGACAGAUUCAAAUUAUGGUACUUAGGAGGCUCAAGAGAUAGGAAUGGAGUAGGUAUUCUAGUCGAUACGGAUCUUAGGGAGAGUGUGGUAGACGUUAAGAGAAUAAGUGAUAGGAUGAUAUUUAUUAAGCUAGUUAUAGGCAGGCUUAUUAUGAACAUUGUUAGUGCAUAUGCACUCCAUGUGGGCCUAGAUGAAGAAGUCAAAAGGCACUUUUGGGAGGAUUUGGAUGAAGUAGUGACAGGUAUACCUAGUACCGAAAAGAUUUUCAUUAGUGGAGAUUUCAAUGGCUAUAUCGUUACAACCUCUAAUGGUUUUGAUGAUGUCCAUGGAGGCUUUGGUUUUGGGGAAAGGAAUGGCGGCAGGGUUUCUCUCUUGGAGUUUGCCAAAGCUUUUAAGUUGGUUAUUGCUAAUUCAUAA